AUGUCGCUUGAAGAAUCUUUUGCAAAGCUUUGUGUAAGCCCUGAGGCCGAUGCGGUCGCAGUCAAGUCACUGGUUUUCAAACCAAAGACCCCUAAGUCGGCAACACCAGUUCCUAUUGUUGUUGUUGCAUUGCAAUCAACCUCAACUGGAUCGGGAUUGAUUGCCAGCGAAACCUCAACCAAAGAUCCUCGUUUAGCUCGUGACGACCUCUUUGCGUCUCACUUCAAAUGUCCCUCUGCAAAGGCCUUUCACCUUGGCUACUUGACACAAUCAGAAUCCGAGUUUAAGCUUCUGCUUGACGAUGCUUUGACCAAGAUCGACAACUCCAAGGUCCUGCAAUUGAACGAGGAGAAGUUUAUACUGAAGUCCCAGCUUAUUGAAUACCUGCAGCAAUAUUCCCCUCAAGUUGUCGACUUUUCUCAGGAAGUCGCCAAGAAGCCUGAGGCCAAAAAAGCAGGUGCCCAGGCCGCUGCAUCCCAGGCAAAGUCCGCUGCUUUGGAAGACGCUAAGCUAAUUGGUAUUACUGUCGACAAAAAACUGGACUUCUCAGGAUGGUACCAGCAGGUCUUGACAAAAGGUGAAAUGCUCGAUUACUACGAUGUUUCUGGCUGUUACAUCCUAAGACCUCCCUCAUAUGCCAUUUGGGAGCAAAUUCAAAGGUGGUUUGAUGACAAGAUCAAGUCAAUCGGUGUCCAGAACGCCUACUUUCCCAUGUUUGUCUCUUCCCGUGUUCUAGAAAAAGAGAAAGACCACAUUGAAGGGUUUGCCCCGGAAGUUGCUUGGGUCACCAGAGCUGGUUCUUCCGAGCUUGAGGAGCCAAUUGCUAUCAGACCAACUUCUGAAACUGUGAUGUAUCCUUAUUAUGCCAAAUGGGUUCAGUCAUACAGAGACUUACCAUUGAAAUUAAACCAGUGGAACUCUGUCGUAAGAUGGGAAUUCAAGCAUCCUCAGCCCUUUUUGAGAACUAGAGAGUUUCUAUGGCAAGAGGGCCACACUGCUCAUCUAGGGCAGGAAGAGGCUAUAGAGGAAGUCAUGCAAAUUUUGGACUUCUACGCUGGCGUUUACGAAGAGUUGCUGGCCGUGCCUGUUGUUAAAGGCAAAAAGACCGAAAAAGAGAAGUUUGCCGGUGGUGACUUCACUACCACCUGUGAGGGCUACAUUCCUCAAACCGGUCGUGGUAUUCAAGGUGCAACCUCUCACCAUCUCGGCCAAAACUUUUCUAAAAUGUUUAAUAUCAGUGUUGAAAACCCUCUUGGACCAGAGCAUCCAAAGGUUUUUGCUCAUCAAAACUCGUGGGGUCUAAGCACCCGUGUUAUCGGUGUUAUGGUAAUGAUUCACUCCGACAACAAGGGUCUCGUUAUUCCUCCAAGAGUCUCCCAACACCAAUGUGUUGUUUUGCCAGUCGGCAUCAACUCUAAGACCUCUGAUGAGCAAAGGGCUGUCAUUCACCAAAAGGCAAGGGAAAUCGAACAAAAAUUGCGGGCUUCCAACGUCAGGGCAUUUGGCGACUACAAUGACAACUAUACUCCUGGCUGGAAGUUCUCACAAUAUGAGCUGAAGGGUAUUCCGCUACGUCUGGAGUUUGGCCCCAAGGAUAUGGCGCAAGACCAGGUGUCGGUCGUUCGUAGAAAUGACAACCGCAAGUACACAGUUAAAACUGCAGACCUCGAGACCCGUAUCCCUGAAAUUUUGGAAGAAAUGCAGAAAGAUAUGUUUUUGAGAGCUAAGGAUUUGUUUGACACCCAUAGAGUAAUCGUUGAAGAAUGGAAAGACUUUGUCCCUGCUCUGAACAAGAAAAAUGUUAUCCUAGCCCCAUGGUGUGGUGUCACUGAGUGUGAGGAGGACAUCAAAGACUCUUCCGCCAAGAAAGAUGAUGGUGAAGAAUUCGAGGCUGACGAGAAGGCACCUAGUAUGGGCGCGAAAACCUUGUGUAUUCCUUUCGAGCAGCCAGAGUUGAAGGAGGGCCAAAAGUGUAUUAGAUGCGACAAAAAGGCCAUUCAAUACUGUAUGUUUGGCCGCUCUUACUAG